GAAAAGAAAAAAGUCUCCGAUUCGUCGGUGGCGCGUUCGUUCCUCCCUCGCCUGCCGGCAGACGCAACGACGCGACGCGAGAUCGAGGCGGGCAGGCAACGUGGCCGCGCUACCUUUGCUUCUCUUCGCAGCGACGCGAGGCGAGGCGAGUGGGGGCUAUAAAACGGGCGCGAGAUCCAGAUCUGGAGCCGAUGCGCCCCACCCCCACCCUGCUCACCCUCACCCUCGACGCCGCGCUCCUCCGCAUCGCCAACCUCCGCGACCUCUCCCGCCUCCCCGACCACAUCCUCGUCGACCUAUUCCGCAGAACUCUUAGUGCCGGCAAGCUGACCGAGAAGGUUCUCAAGGUGUUUCUGGCAACUGACUGCGAGGAGAUCACGUUGCUUGUUCAGCUCCUCAACAUUAAGCAGCCACUUCAACCGGUCCUUCCAACAAUUCACGACAGCGAGGUUGACAUUGUGAUUGCGGCGCUCCAGCCCAACCUGACCCCUUUCUUCGAGGCAUGGCGGCCGUUUUUCUCCCGGUUCCACGUCAUCGUCGUCAAGGACCCGGAGCUGGCGGCGGAGCUUCAGAUCCCGUCGGGUUUCGAUGUCAAGGUGUACACCAAGUCCGACAUCCAGGGACUGCUUGGCGCCACGUCCAUCGACUUCUCCGGCCACUCGUGCCGCUACUUCGGGUACCUCGUCUCGCGCAAGAAGUACGUCAUCUCAAUCGAUGACAACUGCCUCCCUGCCAAGGACCCUGCCGGCGCGACUGUCGAUGCUGUUACGCAGCACAUGAUCAAUCUGAAGACACCUGCUACGCCUUUCUUCUUCAACACGCUGUACGACCCGUACCGCAAGGGUGCUGACUUCGUCCGUGGGUACCCGUUCAGCCUGCGCGAGGGGGUUGAAUGCAUGCUCUCGUGUGGGCUGUGGCUGCACAACGCGGACUACGACCCGAUGACGCAUGUCGUGAAGCGGAACCAGCGCAACACAAACUAUGUGGAUGCUGUGAUGACAGUUCCACUCGGUGCGAUGUUGCCUGUGAGUGGGAUCAAUGUUGCGUUCAACCGCGAGGUUCUGGGCGCCGUAAUGUUCCCUGGCCUGCGGAUCCGCAAGCAAGGGAACCACAGGUGGGAUACCCUUGAAGACAUAUGGAAUGGCCUGUGUGCCAAGGUGGUCUGUGACAGUCUGGGAUACGGUAUGAAGACUGGACUACCUUAUGUGAUGAGAAGUGAUGCAGAGGCAGGCAAGGCCUUGGAGAGCCUGAAAGACUGGGAAGGGGUGAAACUGAUGGACGAUGUCCUCCCCUUCUUCCAGUCAGUCAAGCUUUCGAGGAAUGGAGUCACUGUUGAUGGCUGUGUUAAGGAGCUAGCUGGCAUCGUGAGGGAGAAGCUGGCACCCAAGAAUCCAGUCUUCGCCAAAGCUGCUGAUGCCAUGGAGGAGUGGACUAAGCUCUGGAAAACUCAUGGAGCUCAGAGUGCAUAGUGACUCUAGCCAUCAUCAGGAUACAGGAAUACCUUUUUUUUUUCCCUAAAGACUUUAAAUUUCCAUAUGCUCUGUCAUGAAGCUGAAUAAACAAUGUUCCUGUGUGCUGGAAAUUUAUGAUGUGGUGCCAGGUGAGUUCGGCUGUCUGCUCAAGAAGUGUACCGACCAAAAUAUUUACAUGACUUGCAGGAAAGUGUUCA